AUGUCUACCAACAACUCCCAGGUACUAGAUUCUCACGAAUCCAGCCCAGCAUUACACAGCCCCGAAGAUAGCGGCAGCGACGAUACAAGCAAUACCAGCCCUCCAAGAUCCACAAUUCCGAAGACACUUUCCGAGCUCCACGAUCAAAACAUCCAACUCCAUGAUGAACAUCUGGAGCUACGCUGUCAAAAUGCCGAGCUCAAGGAUAAAAACGAUAAGCUCCAAGAGCAAAAUACCCAACUCCAGGAUGAAAAUACUAAGCUCCGCGCUCAAAUCACCCAAGACCAGGACAAAAAUGCUGAGCUCCGGAUUCAGAAUGCGCAGCUGCAAGCUCAAGUUGAGAAGCAUGUCGCUAUUGCGCGAAUGCGAGAGCGAUUGGUGCAGCCUGUUAAACAGGAUAAGCAGGAUUUUGAAUGGCAUUUUUGGAUCUGGUGGAUGAUAUUCGCCUGGGUACUUUUUACGUUUUGA